AGAACGACAACUGCAGAAUGCAAUUCGCUUCAGUCGGACAAGAGUUGUAUGUAGUUUCAUGAUAAGACAUGUACAAGAUCGAUAUGUUUUAAAACCUGGAUAACCAUUAAAGUCUGGACAAUGGCUACAACUGAAGAAUUGGAAGAAGAGCUGUACUGCCCUAUAUGUGCUGACGUAUUUGAUGAUCCUUUAAUGUUACCCUGCACACAUUCAUUCUGUGGAAAAUGUCUAAAGGAGCGCAUCACAAAAGGAAACGUGACACGAAAGUCGACGUCAGUAAUAUUUGACUGCCCAGUUUGCCGCAAAGAAGUGAAACUUGACGAAAGCGGCCUUGACACGUUACCUAGAAACCGUCUACUGAAGAAGAUGGUGGACUUGUUUCGUACUCAGGCAGUGUCGAACAAACAACUGCUCCGCACAUCCCAGAACUUUACAGAAAUUUGUGAAGACCACGAGAAGGAACUUGGUGCAUUCUGCAGUGUAUGUUGGGAAGUUGUUUGUAUCGACUGUGUUAUCGGUGACCACCGAGGACAUCCGAUCGAAUCUGUGGACGAUGUUUACAACAAGCAACGGAGGUCCUUGGAGAGAAAGAAAGAAGAACUUGAAGAAGAAAGAAAAAUUCUAUGUAAUUCUAGAGAAGAUGAAUUCAAGUACAUGGAGCAACUUAAGGACCUUUGCAAAAAGAAGAUUGAAUCGAUAGAAGUCCAGUUCGAUGAAUAUAUCUGUCUUAUCCAACAAAGUAAAGACUCGAUACUGGCUGAGAUAGCGGCACGACAAAGGAAGGAGUUGAACAAGAUACAGCAAGUCAUUGAUACUAUAGACAGCAAGGAAGACGAGUUGAAAGUGGUGCUAAAAGAACUGACAGAGAUCAUGAAGCGUGAUAAACUAAAAUUAUUGAAAGAGUCCUCAAGGUUCAAGGAUAAGAAGGCAAAAUGUGUGAGCACUUCAAGGUCGUCCUCAGGUAGCGAAUCUUCGUUAUCAGCCACCUGUGACACCUUACGCAGCCCAAGGACUCGCUGUUUUCUAGACUGUACCUUGCAACUAGAUGGUGCUGCGCUCGAAUCUGCAAUAAACAGCGCUCAUCUGAUAUGGGAAGCAGACUCUGAUGCAUACUCACCGAAACACUUGUCAGACAAGUUCACACAAUUGUACGAGAAAGAAUGGAAGAAUGCUUACCUCGAAUCCAGCUCAAAAAACAAAGACGAAGUUGUCAUACAACUGUUUAAUAUUCUUACGGAUUCUUACAGACAUGCGGAGUUAUGCUCGGAGACCCAUCUAGAGAGUUUAACGUACCAUAUGCUACAGCCGGAUAUAGACGUGCAAGUUGGGGAAUUCAACAUUCAUGGUUUUAAUAAUGUUGAGUCGGAAGCAGCAGAGUCCACAUCAUUUUGCAGUAUUAAAGAAGGUAUAAGGAAACUAAGAGCUAAACACGCCCCUGACUUCAUGGAGGAUAUAAGUUACAUGAUUCAACAAGACUUACCUCCUCUCUCAGUUCCGUCGUCAAGCGGGAGCCACCGGCAGCUGUCUGUAUAUGCCAACAAAUGUUUCGAGCUUUCAUUUGCAAUUAGACUGCAAGAUCCACCUUUUCACGUUGAGAUCAAAAAGACAGAAAAGAAUGACAUCAAUGAACUUGAUAAAGACGCUUAUAAAUUUGUAAAGAGAAGAGGACGCAAAACAAAAACAAUUGCCUGGCCUCCGCUGUACUUGUAUAAAGGCGGACCGCUGUUGGCGAAGGGUACUGUGUUUAUACCCGGAUAAGAUAAUAUUUGGUUUGUUUACAAUAUACAGAAAGAAAUGAAGAGAAUUGAAAUUUCA